AUGCUUAACCGGCUCCACAACGCCGUGAAUCUCCUCCCGGUCUUAGUCGGUGCCGCUUCUUUGCUGGAGAAGGUUUUUGGAGCUCCAAAAUUAAACCCACCAUCCUCCGUCCCCUCACGGACCAACAACUUUCUCUUCUCUAGCAAGGAGGACGCCGACAAUCGGAGGAUCACGGAGGUGCUUUCACAGAGUGGCAGAAAUCCCUUUCGGCGACAGUGGGCGAGAGAGAUGAGACUCGUUACUGAGAUAGGGGACUCAAAUAAAGGAGAUCCCGCUGAAUUGGGUUUUAAGAAACCCUAG